AUGUCAAUUAAUCGUGCUGAUUUAGUUCGAGGAAUAUUAAUUGGUUCCAGUAUUUUUCUUAGUUCAAUAAUAUUAAUAAUAACAAUUUAUUUAUUAUAUCGUUAUCGAAAAGAAUCAUUUAAUUAUUGGAAAAAUUUUAAUAAUAAAAAAGUCAAUGAAGAAUUAAGUACUCAAAUUAAAAGAAAUGAUUCUGAAAUACUAGAUUCAUUUAAAGAUUUAAAUAAUGAUCGAAAAUCAAUGAAAAUUUCUUCGACACCAACAUUUAUUGAAGAACUUAUGAGAAAAAGUUUAGACUUAGCCAAAACAGCUGAAAAAAUUGCAGAUGAAAAAGAAAAACGAAUUGGUUUUAAAGAAAAAAUUCAUCUUGAUUUAAUAUAA